UGUACUAAAGUGUUUGCUAUCGCUUUUUUUUCUUUUCUUUUUUUUCCGCAUCAUCAACUUGACCGGUUCCGUCUAGGUCCUUCGCCUUAAUCGUGCCUUAACACCAGGUAGUAAAGGAGCAACAAAUUCGGGCAUGGUGCCUACGUAAAUGUAGAUCAGCGGUCGUGGAGAAUCGUGAUGAGGUGCCCAUUUUUCUACCAUCAACAUUCUCAGCUUGGCGUAAUCAGAAGGAAUUUAUUACCAGCAGCGGACCAACAUUUGCUAAUUCCCCCCUCAGCCACCGGUACCGCCUCCACAGACGUUGAAGGAAAUAGAAUCACAAGAUAUCUCCGAAGAACAUAUAACGAGGUUGCCAUUGCAGUAGCCAACUUCCCUUUUCAACCCCCUGGUACUCUCGAACACUGUAACGGCCGGCGACACGUUCGCAUCUUGGCCAUUCGAUCACAGUAUGCAACCUAGAACGGAAGUUGGUAUGGAACAUGAAGCUCGCAAUUCCACCGCAGCUAAUCUAGAGGAACCGGGACCCCUGCGCCGCACAAGAUUCAAAGAAAUGUUAGGUGGUUCCCUUCCGACGGCGCUUUUCAAAAGCAAUUCUUUCUCCCGGAUUCAUGGCAGUUACGACGAGAUCAGAGAAGACUACCAGGACGCCCCGCCACAUCGCGAGAUGGAGCAUCGCGACAGUGAUACGGAGAACUACCCGAUGGAUACGGUAAACACACGCGAAGUCCCAGAGGAGAGCGGUGCAAGCUCUGAUGAUGCUAGCGACAUCGAUCUAGACGAUCUCGCUGCACGAUACGCGCGCCCGCCACUCGAUUGUUACUCGAGGCGGGAUGUAUACAUCAAGCAUUGGAGCUGGGAAUAUAUCAUUCUGGUCUUACUGUCGUUAUAUUCUACACUCCUAAGUGGAUUAUGGUUUGUUACCUCUAUUUACCAGCCGCGAUAUGGGAGAGGGAUAUCUUCUAGUGACGGGUGGAAAAUGGCGCCCUCGACGGCCACCCUUGUUUGUACAUUGAUCGCGAAGACCAUCGAAAUAUCUUUUGUCACAGUUUACGUUGCUCUUCUCGGUCAAGUCUUAUCUCGAAGGGCUUUCAUUAAAAAGGCAAAGGGUGUUACUCUCGCUGAGAUGACAAUGCGUAAUUGGGUCAUUCAACCGGGCUCUUUGCUUACUUAUUGGGCAGGAGUCCCCCAUGCUGCGAUGACCCUGUUGGGUGUCGUAAGUCUUCUUGCCACUCUAUGCUCCCUGUUUUAUACUACGGCGUCGGAUGCCAUGGUAAGCCCUAAGCUUAUGUUUGGCCGAUGGGAGAAUCGCGAGUUGGAGGGUCUGGUUAAAGCUUCCUAUGCGAAUCCUUUCUACGUUCGCAAAGCUUGCUCGACCCCCAUUGACCUCAAUAUGGACCCGAAUAGUUCGGCGCCCUCUUGUCUCGACGUUCAGUACUCCGGCCAGUCUUACCAUAACUUGCUUACCUUCAUGACGGAAUGGCAAACCAUCCACGAUGAGAAGACUUCGCCGCUGGAUAGACUCGCUGUAAGACCUGUGGGAAAGCAUAGUCUAUUCGACAAUACAACAAUGGUAUCAACCUGGAUCGAGACUGAAUUUGGAAACCCGGAAUCCAGCUUAAAAGCCCACGGCAGGAUUAUCAACAACGUCACACUCGCGAUGCCACACGCAGGCGUCUACUUAGCAGCGACAGACCCGCGCAACGAUAUAUUGCAACCUGAUGAUCUGGCAGGUGUUGGUGAAUACUCAAUCCGGGCCAGCGUUGUUUCACCUGUAGUCAAUGUCAUGUGUGUCAAUAUUGCUCAUGACGAGUUGGCACCCCUUGUGUACUCUACUUGGCCUGACGCCCGAUUGGAGGAUACUGAGAUACCCGGGCAGAGAAUCGGCGUAGAAGACUGGUUCAACGAUGUGCCGCCUCCGACUGAUGAUGAAUGGCUCAACAAGACUGUAGUUGAUGAUAUUUUUCGAUGGGGUGCCAAGUAUCACCGUCGACCACCUGUCUUCCAAAUGUUCCCGAUUGACUACAACAUGAUCACCAAUACUUCGGUCGCCAGAUCGGAAUCUUUGUACGUGCUGGCCAAGUCAGGUCUUGUUACUGACUAUACACUCUGUGAGAUGCGGUCAUGGGUGACGCCCAAGUGCUCUACCCGGUUCGACGUAUCUGGCAUAUCCGGUGGCUUCAUGGGAGCGCACUGCGAGGAUCCUCAAGAUGCUGAUUCGUACGCCGCCGCAUCGGGCAACAAGGAUGUUAAAAAUCCUCCUGAGCCGUCCGGCGACUGGAGGAACUUGGCUGAGCAGUGGCGCCUUUCUAUGGAUCUUAAUGGUGGCGUGCAGAACAAUAACGCGAGCAAUGCACGUAUCAUGACGAAUUUCAUAUUACGCGAGGCCGCGCUUGACCCGUUCUUGCCCUCCAUGGCUGAAGCCCUGGCAGUGCUGUCCUCGUCGACUCUCGUCGCUGCAUCUCUUGGAUCGACGUACCGUGUGGACUGGAUUUAUCCCGAGGUUGAGAUGCAUCCAGGUGUCUACGAGUCCUUCAAGGCGUCCAUGCGCACCCAACAAUACACGUCUUCUCACGUGCAAUCUUGGCAGGGCGUAUUCUACGCCGUACUAGGCACGGUCUUCGCGAUCAAUGUGGCAUGCCUGCUCUAUCUCGUCUUCUUCCGCCAAGGGCUCGUAACCGACUACACCGAGCCUCAAAACCUAUUCAGUGUCGCCGUAAACUCCCCUCCUAGCACCGCGCUGUCGGGGAGCUGCGGCCAUGGCCCCGAGGUCGCGGGACUGGUAGUGCCGUGGCGCGUGAACUACUCGGCUGCUGCGAACCACUAUUUCUUCGAAGAGGUGAGCGAUAACAAGAAAUCUCAGAUUAAAGACAACCGCGCCAGCAUGACGAGCGGUUCGGAUCUGAUAUCAGCGCACGAAGGACAGCUCAAGGGGAAAAACUACGAACAUUACAAACGGCUGAGGGAAAGCAAGUCUUGGUUGUAGAAAGGGAUUUUUGGAAUGUCCUGUUCGAAAAGAACUAAAGACAUAACUGUCGGACUAAGUUAUCUACAUGCAUGGCGCUGCACCUUACUUACAUAUUCACAAUUCUGGCAUAGCGGUGGCGUUUAAGGGGGAUCUUGGGGGCGGCGAUACCAUUCGGGAGAUAGAGAAGCAAUCUUCUCCCAAUUUGCUUGCUCAAAACUACUGCGUUUCCGAUAACAUACAUACACUGGGUUAGUUACCUUGGUAGGUUAGGAACUUAAUCUGCCUACCUACUUUCUAUUACAUACGAUUAGGUACCUAAGGUACAUAUUGCGAAGCACUCGAGUCAAGAUAAAUCACGGGGUCGAGACCAAAUGUACAUAUAAAUUCGGAGGACGAACA